UUCACACACAUCUACGGCGAAGUUCCAAAGUUACCCACGUCUGUCUGCAAUACGUACCAUUGCCAUUCUCUAACUCUUUAUUUCUCUGGGUCCCCAAUCGGUCUUUAUUCACUGUGCAGCCGCGGUCGCGAAUGGACGUGAUAGUUGACCGUAGGCGCCAUACAAUUCACUUUUACCUUCGUUUUGAAUUAACGUCAGUGAAUCAACUAGAAAGAUCGCUACAGAAAUAGUGAAAAAUCAAGGUUAUAUUUAAAUACUGUCAGUGAAAUGUUUCAAAAAUGGACCGUUCUUGGAGUAGUGGUGAUUUACCUCGUAACUAGUGCUAUUUCCCUGGAAAAUGGACUGGCAAGGACGCCACCGAUGGGAUGGCUAGCUUGGGAGCGUUUCAGGUGUAACACUGACUGCAAAAAUGACCCUGACAACUGCAUAAGUGAAAAUUUGUUUAGAACUAUGGCAGAUAUUCUUGUUAGUGAGGGUUACGCUAACGCGGGAUACGAGUACAUCAAUGUCGAUGAUUGUUGGUUAGAGAAAGAAAGAAGUAUAUUUGGAGAACUCGUUCCCGACCGGACCAGAUUUCCUAGGGGGAUGAAAGCUUUGUCAGAUUAUGUCCACUCCAAGGGUCUGAAAUUCGGAAUCUACGAGGACUACGGCAAUUACACGUGCGCGGGUUACCCGGGCGUCCUGGGAUUUCUUCAGAGAGACGCUGAUACCUUCGCGUCCUGGGACGUGGACUACGUGAAACUAGACGGCUGUUACGCGCACCCCGCGGAAAUGGACAGGGGGUACCCCGAAUUCGGUUACCACCUGAAUCGAACGGGUAGGCCGAUGAUCUAUUCGUGUAGUUGGCCCGUGUAUCAGAUUUACGCCGGUAUGCAGCCUAACUUUUCCUCGAUAAUCCAGCACUGCAACAUGUGGAGGAAUUUCGAUGAUAUCCAGGACUCCUGGGCCAGUGUGGAGAGUAUAGUAGAUUAUUACGGGAACAACCAAGAUGUCAUCGUUCCCAAUGCGGGACCGGGACACUGGAAUGACCCUGAUAUGUUGAUAAUCGGAAAUUUCGGAUUAAGUUACGAACAGAGCAAGACGCAAAUGGCCUUAUGGGCAAUUUUAGCAGCACCACUGCUUAUGUCGGUAGAUUUAAGAACAAUACGACCAGAGUACAAAGCCAUUUUACAAAAUAAGAAAAUCAUAGCUGUAGAUCAAGAUCCCCUGGGUAUACAAGGAAGGCGUAUUUACAAGCACAAAGGGAUUGAAAUUUGGUCACGACCAAUAACGCCGCUGUACCAAAACUACUUCUCUUAUGCGAUAGCAUUUGUCAACAGGCGGACAGACGGAACACCGUCUGAUGUAGCCGUUACCCUCAAAGAGUUGGGGCUUACAUCACCUACGGGUUAUAGAGUCGAAGACUUAUACGAAGAUGUAGAUUACGGUGUACUGUCACCACAAACGAAAAUAAAAGUGAAAGUGAAUCCAUCAGGUGUCGUAAUAUUGAGAGCGGACGUGCAACCAGACGUGAACAGAAACAGGAUACAACCAUUCUUCACGACGCAACGGACGACUUUCAAUCCUAUAAACCAGGUGUUCAGGGUGCGAAAUAAUGGAUUUUAAAAAUUCAU